AUGGCGGACUUUGGAGAGAUCCUCCGCAAUAUCGGAGAGUUUGGAUUAUUUCAAAAGAUCACUCUCUUUGCUCUCUGCUUCCCAAAUCUCAUUCUGCCUUUUCAUUUUUCCAGUGUGUUUUUUAUCCAGUCAGAUCCAGAGAGACACUGUAGCACAGACUGGAUCCUCGGGGCUGAUACAGACCUGAGCAAAGAGGAGCAGCUGAACCUGACUCUACCGCGUGAGGAUGAUGGGAGCUUCAGCAGGUGUCGCAUGUUCACACCUGUAGACUGGAACAUCAGUGCCAUCAGGGAGUACGGACUCAAUGAGACCACAGGGUGCCAGGAUGGAUGGGUGUACAGCAGAACUCUGUAUCAGGCCACCAUCGUCACCGAUUUUGAUCUGGUGUGUGACCAGGCUAAUCUGUUGGAAGUGGCUCAAACUGUACUGAUGGCUGGCAUUCUCAUAGGCUGUCUUUUAUUUGGACCGUUUGCUGAAUCGUUUGGUCGUAAACGAGCAGCUCAGAUUCCUUUCUAUUUCACGCUCAUAUUCACUGUAACAACUGGAUUAAGUCCCAACUUCUACUUUUAUUUGGUGUCUCAGUUCCUGCUGGGAAUUGGCUAUGGAGGUUUUCGGCUGAAUGGUGUCAUAUUGGCCACUGAGUGGAUUGGGGUGUCCAGAAGAUCCUGGGGGGCGUGCGUAACUCAGCUCUGUGGUGCCAUUGGACAGUGUGUCCUCGCUGGUAUGAUCUACUUCAUCAGAGACUGGAGACUCGCUCAACUUGUCACAGCAGCUCCACUCGCUGUUAUUGGUGUUUAUAUCUGGUUUAUUCCAGAGUCAGCCAGGUGGCUGUUAGAAACGGGGAGGAUAGAGGAGGCGAAACAACUUAUUACUAAAGUGGCAACGAUAAACAAACGGCCAGUUUCAGAAUCUCUGCUAGAAAAGGUUGUUAUGAAAGAAACAGAAAAAAAGGGAGAAACUGAGAAAAAGGGAGGCAUAAUAACUCUUAUGCAAUCAGCUGUGCUUAGGAAGUAUUUCUUUACACUAAUACUGGGAUGGUUUUCAUUAAAUAUAACCUACUACUGCCUUUCCUUUAAUGUGGGAAAUUUUGGCUUGGACAUCUUUGUGACGCAGCUCAUGUUUGGUGCGACUGAACUUCCUGCUCACAUACUCUGUAUCUGGCUGUUAGAGGCACUGGGGAGGAAAGUGUCUCUGAUGGGAACGCUGCUGAUUGGAGGAUUCUUGUGCUUAUUAAUCCUAACUGUUCCUCAGGACAAUGCUAUUGCAAUAACCACAUUAGCGACCUCGGGACGUUUUUUCAUCAACUGGGCAGGAUCUGUGUGCAACGUUUACGUUCAGGAGCUGUUCCCCACAUCUUUUCGACAAACGGCCUCUGGUUUGGGCUCCAUUGCCAGCAGAGCAGGGGGUCUUCUGGCUCCACUGUUGAACAUGCUGGCAGUUUACCACUGGGCCAUACCCACUAUAGUUUUCAGCAGCCUUUCACUGAUCAGUGGGGCUCUCAGCUUCCUGCUUCCUGAGACUAGGAGGAGAGAGCUGCCAGAUUCAACCGAUGAGGCCGAGGGUAACAGCAAACAGAUCAACCUGAAGAACAAGUCUGAACCAAGCCAGUUUUCACAAAGCAGAUCUACUAAACUGUAG